AUGAUGAACAUGAACUCCUCUCAGGUGUCAUAUUUCACGCUGGCGGCCUACGUUGACACGGGGCCCCUGCGUCUGGUGUUUGUGGCGGGGGUCGCGUGCGUGUACGCGGUGACCGUGGCAGCGAACGUGUGUGUGAUCGUGGUCAUCUGCGUGAACAGAAGCUUACAUGAACCUAUGUACCUUUUCCUGGUCAGCCUGUGUGUGAAUGAGCUGUAUGGUAGUUCAGGGUUGUUUCCCUUCCUGCUGCUUCAGAUCCUCUCUGACCUUCACACCGUUUCUGCUGCAGCUUGUUUCCUGCAGAUCUUCUGUCUGUAUUCGUACUGUGCUGUGGAGUAUUUGAACUUGGCCGUCAUGUCUUACGAUCGGUACCUGGCCGUCUGUCGUCCUCUGCGGUAUAACUCGCAGAUGUCUUUUAACAAAAUCGCCGCGCUGAUCGCCGUCACCUGGAUUUACCCUUUGCUGCUCUGUGUUGUGAUGACGUCCCUGAGCGCCUCGCUGCAGCUCUGCGGGACGAUAAUCCACAAAGUUUACUGCGACAACUACUCCAUCGUGAAGCUGGCGUGCUCCGACAUCACGGCCAUCAACAUCUACGGACUCUUAAUCACCUCCCUCUCACUGUUUUGUCCUCUUUCUCUCAUUCUUUACUCGUACACGAAAAUCCUCAGAGUCUGUUUUUUGGGCUCCAGACAGACGAGGCAGAAAGCCGUGAGCACCUGCACGCCUCACCUCGCCUCGCUGCUCAACUUCUCCGUCGGCUCUUUCUUUGAGAUUUUACAGAGCAGGUUUGACAUGAGCGGCGUGCCCAACGUGCUGCGGAUACUUCUGUCGUUAUACUGUCUCGCCUGCCAGCCGCUCUUUAACCCUUUACUGUACGGACUCAGGAUGUCCAAAGUCCGCAUCAGAUUCAAAAGUCUUGUCUUUGCUAAAAUGUAG